CCUGAGGUGCGUUACGUCACGGGGAGGGGUUUCCAAACAAUAGGUGCUGCGUCACGUCGGGCUUUUCCCUGUGACGUCAGGCCUCUGCUCGGAGUAGCCGGAGCCGGUUGGAUCAAUGCGGUUGAAUGCGGACAGUCUUCACAACAUUAUGCGGGUUUUGAGCGCGGUUACCGACAGGAAUCACACAGUUCAAAUUUAAGGGAGGACCCAGUUUUGAUUACUUACGCUGGGGUGACGGUCUGCAGUGGAAACCGAGGAGAUUAAUGAUAACCCAGCCAGACAGACAGACGGCUGCACCCGUACAGCAGGAUUUAAAGGCAGUCUGAGAGAAGGGCCGGACGCAGUUUCAACAGGGAGUCGAGAGCUCCUCACAGCAGCCAGGAUCCCUUUCAUCGACGGGAACCAGAGACAGAGCAUCGAGAACAAGAGAAACAAGGAGAGCUACCCGAGGAGACACUUCCAUUCCUGGGGAUUAUAUUUCUACAAGACAGACGAGAGAUAGGAGAGAGACGAGAGUCUGUUUCCUGUACUGCUGCUCUUCGAACACGAUCAUCUGACACAGCCAAGAGAGAUCAAGUUAGAGAACAAGCGGUCUCCCUCUCCCUCUCCCUCUGCUGUGGGCGUUGAUGGAAACAGUUUUAAGAGUCAGGGAAUGUGGCGUUGCUGUUUUGUUUUAGAAGCAGAGGAGCACAAGAACCAAUCCUGAUCUGGCUGUGAGUGUCCCUGGCUGGCCUUGCUUUCUCUUCUCUUUCUCUUUCUCUUUCACUUUGAGCUUUUUUUAAAUGUUUUUCUCAUUGCUGAAGAGAUUCUGAGAAACACAGAGGAAGACGUAAGCAGAUACAGAAAGCGAGACAGCAAUUUUUUUUUGGUUUCUUUUUUUUUAAACAGCAAAUAAGUAAUGAGAAGGGAAUCGUCAUUUUAAUCUAUUUAACCAAAAAAAAAAAAUCCUUUGCAAAACCUGUUUGGAUUUAUCAGAAUAAAGACAGUCAAUAAUAAUAAUCAAUAAUAGAUCCAUCCAUCAUGGGUUCGGAGAAGGACUCUGGCUCCCCCCACUCCUCCGUCAGCGGCGCUCCCAAUCCCAAUCCCAAUCCUAAAUGCCGGAGCAGCAAGCGCAGACGCAUCUCCUUCCAGAACCUGUUCAACGGGAAGUCCCGCUCUCGAUCCAAACAGGCCCAGUCCCAGCAGCAGCAGCAGCCCUCCACCCCCCUCCAGGACCCCCUCUCCACUGGGGGGGCCGGUGCCAGCCUCGCCAGCCUGUCUGACAGCGGGGUGCUGCAGACGGGAGAGGGGGUCUCCGACAGCGCGGUGCUGCAGACGGGAGAGGGGGUCUCUGACAGCGCGGUGCAGAUGGGAGAGGGGGUCUCUGACAGCGGGGUGCAGACAGGAGACAGGAUCUCCGACAGCGGGGUGCUGCAGACGGGAGAGGGGGUCUCUGACAGCGCGGUGCUGCAGACAGGAGAGGGGGUCUCUGACAGCGCGGUGCUGCAGACAGGAGAGGGGGUCUCCGACAGCGCGGUGCUGCAGACAGGAGAGGGAGUCUCCGACAGCGGGGUGCAGACGGGAGAGGGGGUCUCUGACAGCACGGUGCUGCAGACGGGAGAGGGGGACUCUGACAGCCACACCACGCUGGACUCGGGGGCUGGUGAGCGCCGUGGCUCCGGCUCCAGUUCUGGUUCCGGCUCGGCCCUGCUGGAGUGCCCCCUGUGCCUGGUCCGGCAGCCCCAGGACCGGGUCCCAGAGAUCAUGACCUGCAGCCACCGCUCCUGCCUGGGCUGCCUGAGGCAGUACCUGCGCAUCGAGAUCACGGAGAGCCGCGUCAACAUCAGCUGCCCCGAGUGUGCCGAGCGGCUCAACCCCCACGACAUCCGUCUGAUCCUGUCCGACCCGGCGCUCAUGGGCAAGUACGAGGAGUUCAUGCUGCGCCGCUACCUCGCCGCCAACCCCGACUGCCGCUGGUGCCCCGCGCCCGACUGCGGGUUUGCGGUGAUUGCCUACGGCUGUGCCAGCUGCCCCAAGCUCUCAUGCGGCCGGGAGGGCUGUGGCACGGAGUUCUGCUACCACUGCAAGCAGGUGUGGCAUCCGAACCAGACCUGCGACUCGGCACGGCAGCAACGAGCGCUCAGCCUGAGAGGCAGGACCAAGCACUCCUCGGGGGUCAGCCACGGACCGGACAGCGGGGCAGCAGAUGACAUCAAGCCGUGCCCUCGCUGCAGCGCUUACAUCAUCAAGAUGAACGAUGGCAGCUGCAAUCACAUGACCUGCGCGGUGUGUGGCUGUGAGUUCUGCUGGCUGUGCAUGAAGGAGAUCUCAGACCUGCACUACCUGAGCCCCUCCGGCUGCACAUUCUGGGGCAGGAAGCCGUGGAGCCGGAAGAAGAAGAUCCUGUGGCAGCUGGGCACGUUGAUCGGAGCUCCGGUGGGCAUCACGCUGAUCGCUGGCAUCGCCGUGCCCGCCAUGAUCAUCGGCAUGCCGGUGUACGUGGGCAAGAAGAUUCACAACCACUACGAGGGCAAGAAGACUUCGAAGCACAAGCGGAACCUGGCGAUCACGGGGGGCGUGGUCCUGUCUGUCAUCGCCUCACCUGUUGUUGCAGCCGUCAGCGUGGGUAUCGGGGUCCCCAUCAUGCUGGCCUACGUUUACGGGGUGGUCCCGAUCUCGCUGUGUCGCAGAGGGGGGUGUGGUGUCAGCAGAGCCAACGGGAAGGGGGUCAAGAUUGAAUUCGACGAGGACGACGGGCCGAUCACGGUGGCAGACGCCUGGCGUGCUCUGAAGAGCCCCAGUCUGGGGGAGAGCAGUCUGGAGGGGUUGACCAGCGGCCUAAGCGCCAGCGGGAGCCCCAGCGACGGGCUGAGCGUGGCCCCCGGGGGCCUGGGGGAGGUGGGCAGCUUCGCAGCGCUGUCAGGGGGGGCGCUGGGCUCUGGCAAGGGCAAAUACAGCAGGCUGGAGGUCCAGGCUGACUUCCUCAAGGAGUCUUUCUACAAGGACACUGUGAGCCUGGGCACCGUGAGCGACAACGCCAGCACCACAGCCAUGGCAGGGUCCAUCAUCAGCUCCUACAACCCGCAGGACAAGGAGUGCGCAAACCUGGAGAUCCAGGUGGACAUCGAGACGAAGCCUCGACGGCUGCGCCUGGCCAGCGGGGGCAGCGUGGAGGAGCUGCUGCAGAGCCACGCCACGGAGCUGGCAGAGGGGCCUGAAGACAGCAGCUCCAGGAAAGGCCACGGCACCGACGUGACGCUGGCUCAGUCUGAGAGCAUCCGAAGCGACCUGGAGGCGUCGGACACGCAGUCAGAGGGGCUCCCCGAACUGCCCUCCGAGGAGAGCGCAGACCCCCCCCACGCCUAAGCCAAUUAAAACAGAGUACUGAGAAUACUAGCACUGAGACCGCCUCGAGCCCUUCUUAUUGUGUACUGCGGGGCGGGGAGCACAAAGCACACCUCUUUAGCACGCUCUCUCUCUCUCUCUCUCUCUGUCCAUAACUUCAAAGCGCUCAGGCAGAAGGUAUAACUACUGUAUAAGAAACUAGAAAAGUCAUGUUGACAGAGGUUUCAGCCAGUGCCUUUAUCACCGCACUGCACAAGUGCUGGGGUGGCUGUUUGUGUUAUUACCUUUGCUUCUGUGUUUGAUUUAAUACCAGUUUUAUUUUUUGGGGGUGGGGGAAAAGUGUGGCAGGAGGUAUUUUUUGUUGUUGUUAUUAAAGUUAAUGUAGACAGUUUAGUUUAGGUAUUUUUUUUCCUGUGUUUUCUGCUUUGAUAUCUAGUAUCAGACUCAACUGAUGAGUGAAACCGAGAGAGGGGGGGAAGAAAAUAUAAAAAAAAACACACGCCACCAGCCCACGCAAUUCUUAAAUGAACGCUUCUUGAAUGAUUUAGUUUUUCUAUUUCUAAAUCAGCCCGCGUAACAAUGGUAUUAAGUGUGUGCGAGUCCUGCCCUGCCCUGUAUUAACCAGCACGCUCAGAGGCAGGCUGCACAGCUGGGUUAGGAAUGUGUAUAAACCUCAACACGGCUCAAUGCUCCUCCCCUUUCAAGCUUGUAUAGAUAUUUUUUUUUAUUUAAUGCACACUGCUGCACAACAAUGGCCAAAUAUUUAAACUGCAUUGUUGUGUUUGUUUUUGUCUUAGUGCACACCUCCUGAUGGUGAUAAUGAAUAUAGUGUUUUAAAAAUGUUUUUUUUCCUUAACGGGAAAGCCAGUUCUGACCCCACCAGUGUGUGUGUGUGUGUACAGUAUCCCACUGUCCCCAGUUCACAUGCUCGACACAGUAUUAAGCUGACAUAACAAAGCGUUUUUUGUUUUUAAAACGGCCUCACACACACACACACACACACACACACAGCAGAAGCCCUGUGCUUGCAGAUGUAAGCAUGGGAAGGAGUGUGAUUUCAGGUGGAGAGACCGGGGCAGGCUACACUGUUUGAAUGACUGACUGUGUCAGACUCUUACCACCCUUUUGAAUGAAGGACUACACUGAAUGUAUUUCCAUACAAGACUCCUUUGAAAAAAAAAAUUAAAACAAAAAGCAAAGACAUGUUUGUAAAAUAAAUGUUGAUAAAAGUAUAAAUAUAUAAAUAUAUAUAUAUAUAAAAUCUUAAUUGUUUUUUUUUUCUAUUCCUCAUCAGUAUGUGGAUUGUGUGUAUAUGGCAAUGCGCUUGUAUGAAUAACAAUGACUCUAGCAGGGAGGAAUAAAUACAUGAUUAUAUAUAAA